AACCAUGCGGAGGGCUCGGGUAGCAUGGCCUCACUUGGUCAGAGGGCUGCGCAGCAUCUCACAUCAAGGCGCCACUGCAGAAGCUCCUGCUGGUGCCGAGCGCAUCGGUGCCGGCAUUGGACGGAUUUCCAAUUUGGUCCUUGAUCGGGGAGAGGGCAGUUGGCUGUACACCACAGAUGGCGAAAAGUACUUGGACUUCUCCACAGGCAUUGGUGUGACGAACUUGGGGCACUGCCAUCCUCGAGUGACAGAAGCAGUUCGGGAGCAGCUGGGAAAGCUUUGGCAUGCCCAGGUGAAUAUCGCUUUUCACGGGCCAAUGUUGGAGCUCACGAAGAAGCUGGAGAAGGUGAUGCCCAAAGGUCUCGACAGCUUUCUCUUCGUCACCACAGGUUCAGAGGCAGUUGAAGCUGCUGUGAAGCUGGCGAGGCAUGCAACAAAGAAGCCCAAUGUCAUAGUGUUUCAGGGAGGUUACCAUGGUCGGACGCUGCUCACAAUGAGUAUGACCAGCAGUGGCACCAAAUACCGCGCAGGAUAUGGUCCUCAUGCGUCAGGCGUUUUCGUGGCGCCACACCCAUUUUUUGCGCUCCAUUCAGUUCCAAGUCAACCAGACCAUGCUCAAUGGGCGGUCGAGCAACUGGAGAUCAUGCUGCAGCAACAAACUGCCGCAAGUGAGACCGCUGCUGUGGUCUUGGAGCCUGUGCUUGGAGAAGGUGGAUAUGUACCGCCAGCACCUGGGUUGUUGCAAGGAAUCCGAGACUUCUGUGAUCGGCACAACUUGCUUUUCAUCGCAGACGAAGUGCAAAGUGGUUUCGGCCGAACUGGUCGCAUGUUUGCGGUGGACCACAGCAACGUUUCUCCGGAUAUCUUAGUCUUUGCCAAAGGUGUCGCUUCUGGCUUCCCCUUAGCGGGCAUUGCAUCUCGAAGGGCGCUGACUGCAGCGCAGCCACCUGGGAGUCAAGGAGGGACCUAUGCGGGAAAUGCAAUAGCCUGUGCUGCAGCAAAUGCCACGUUGGAUGUGAUGAUGGCACCCAACUUCAUGGAAACAGUGGCUGCCCGGGGGGAGCACUUGAGAAAAGGUUUGGAAGAUUUACGAGCACGGUAUCCAGAAGUCAUUCAGGAGGUGCGUGGACCUGGUCUGAUGAUUGGCCUGGAAUUUCACCAGGUGCCAAAAGGCUUCGCGCAGCAGAUGGUCAAGGCAUGCCUAGCGCGUGGACUUAUCCUCCUUCCAACCGGGAUCUUCGAGACUCUUCGAAUCAUUCCACCACUAAUCGUCAGCAAAGAGGAAUGUGACGCAGGCAUCAGCAUCUUCAAAGAUGCAUUGGAGGUCAGGAACAAUUUGUCAACAACCUGAAACAUCAUCGCUGAGGAUCGCUGAGGCUUGCAUCAAGGCUCGCGAGGAAUGAGGUCAGGGGCUAUGGCAACAUACAGCUUCAGAAACACCAAGAGAUGAUACUUCUUGGCACUUGUACAGCGCUUGCGAGCGAGUGAACCUCUUGGUUGCAUCAAUGAAGAUGAAAGCCGCCUCCGCUGAAAAGAAGA